GAAAGGAAAUCUUGAUUCAUCCCCACCUUUUGUUAUUCAUUCUGGACACAAAAGUUGACGAGCGUUGUAGUUGUUGAUAUGAGUCCAGAAACGAGAGACUGUAUGAGAAAAAUACAAAUGGGAGCCUUAUUGGGUUCUAUGGUGGGUGGAUCGUUUGGUCUUUUGUAUGGAGGUUUUGAAGCCUUUCGACAUAAAGGUUUGACAGGGCCACAGAGAAUUGGAUUGGCUUUAAGAAGUACAGUUGGAGCUGGUAUGGCUUUUGGGUUUUUCCUUGCUGUCGGAACGGGAAUUCGAGGUUGUGGUGCUCACGAAAGAUAUUAAUAAACAGAUGAGGAACGAUUAGGAAUUGUAUUUUAUG